CUAGAAUCAGUCACUUAGAAUUUUAGGUCAGGGCCAAGACCAAAAUCGACCGACCUAGUUUUACAAGAACCGAUUUAGGACGGGCCCGGGACCGACUUAUCGACCUCUCUAAUAUUAACCGGGCCACAAUUAUGCUUUUCAACAAGCUAGCCCAAGUUAUGCAUUAUGGGCUUAACUAUAAUAUCAGCAGAUUGAAACGACGCAUUUACCCUUGCUGCUACUGAACCUUCGUCGAACUCAGCCGAACACGCCAAGCCGACGAGACGCUGCUGUAUCCAAGCUGUCUCACGAGUUUCCAUGGCGCCUUCCUUCCCCUUCGAGGAACGAACCACAAAAUCACCUUCCAGUUCAUAUAUAUCCCCCCUCAAUGUUCCUUCUUACAAUCACAAAUCAUCACACCAACACAAAUUCCAGAUCUAAUUCCAUUCAUCUCUAUAAAAAUGGCAACCACAAAUCAAUCACAGUUCGAAGAUUUCUUACCGUUAAUGGCGGAUAAAUUGGGCGGCGAUGGUCUGAUUGAAGAACUCUGCAACGGAUUUCAGUUGCUGAUGGAUGCCGAGAAAGGUGUGAUCACGUUCGAUAGUUUGAAGAAGAAUUCUUCAAUUUUGGGGCUUGAUGGUAUGAGCGAUUAUGAUCUGGCUAGUAUGGUGAAAGAAGGUGAUUUUGAUGGAGAUGGAGCUCUGAAUCAGAUGGAAUUUUGUGUUCUUAUGUUUAGAUUAAGCCCUAAUUUGAUGGCUCAAUCUGAGUUUUUGUUAGAAGAGGCUUUAGAGCAGGAAUUUGAUAGUUUUCGCCAUUGAAUUAUUGGGAUUUGGUUUUCUGAUUACUUGUUUAUUCACAGAUGAAUAAAAUCAUUGAAAUUGUUGAUAAUA